CCGGCUCAGCCCCCUUCCUUUCCCAGCCUCAUCCAAAACCCGGAACUCAGAGAGCGCAGCAACCGUCAGAGCCGACUAGUCGAAGGCCACAGCCAUGGCCGCCCCUACCGGCACUUCCAUGUUGAGCGCCCUGCUCCAGCUUCCCCUGGCUCCGUUCUCGGGGAAGAGCUCCGCGCCUUCGGCGGUCCACAUGACCGCCCGCCGCACGCCGACGCCUGUGCUGGCCGCUAAGGGCUACAACGUGCAGAUCGUGGUGGACGAGAACGAGGGGGAGGACUCCAUCUUCCGGCGCUUCCGGCGGGAGGUGAUGAAGGCCGGCCUGCUCCAGGAGAUCAAGCGCCGCCGCCGGCACGAGAACACCAAGGACAAGAAGAUUCGCAAGGCCCGCGAGGCCGGCCGCCGCAACCGCCGCAGGCGUAUGAUGGAUGAUCGUAGGUUCCCAGAAGACGAGGGAGACUCAGAGGCUGUGAGAACCCGCCGCGAUGAGGACAACGACAACUGGGAGGUUAGCGGUAUUCUGUGAAUGGAAUGAUGACGAAAUUCAUAACAACUGUAGAUGCACAACUAUGGCAAUUCGAGACCUUUUCUUUUGCCUGCAUGGCACAAACUAUAUGAGUCACCAGUCGCUCUUUCCACUUCAAUUGUACUAUUUAAUUUUACCAAAUGUUAGCUAAUGCAAUCAACAUUCCGGAUA